AUGAACACCCCGUGGCUGGGGCUGGUGCUAGCUCUGCUCGGGGGCCCCCACGUCCUGCACACGGGCCCCCAGGACCCCAACAUCGAUGAGAAUAUGGUAGCCGCCGCAGGCGUCGGAGCGGGAGAAGGUGGCGGCUGGGGGCAGCGGGUGGGGGACAGGCCCGGCGCCCACCAGCCCCAGCUGCUCCCUCCACACCGCACGCCCACCUCUGCUCGGCAGGUCAACGGCGACUGGCUCUCAAUAGCCCAGGCUUCUGACAAACCAAAACUCCUAUGGAAGGACUCACACAUGAUGUUCUUCGUCCGCAAAACCCACGUAACCCUCAAGACCAUAGAGUUCCAUCUCUACGGGAGAUUCGCAGAUGCUGGCCACAACAUGAUCUUCCUAGAGGAGGUGGACCCCUCUCACUUCCUCAUCUUCUGCAUCCACAACCACUGGCACAGAAAGGAGACGGUGGUGGUGAACCUCCUCAGCUGGACCCCUACCGCGAGCUGUGACGUCAUGCAGACAUUUAGGAAUUACUGCAAAAGCCACGGGAUUAGCCCGGCCAACAUCAUCAACCUGACCCGAGCGGACCACUGCCUGCGUGCCCGACAGUAG